AACCAGGCCGUGACGUUUUCGUUUGCGGAAAUAUACUGAGUCAAUAUUAUAUAUCUGGAGAAUCUGUUGAAGGGGAAAGAAGAUUUACCAGCAAAGUUGCAAGGAAAUAGAGUCGAAGAUUUCCAAGCCCUGUCAGUCUAUAAAAUACAUCAAAUGGCCUUUAAUUUCUGCAUAGACGUGCCAGACGCUCCUAGGCUAGCAGAGACCACCAGAGAUGAUGCCCUCCUAAUUCAUGUACAAUUCCAUGGCAAUGGUAAAAAGGACUAUAACGUUGAGUAUGAAAAGCUCAAAAGCACCAUGCUGACAGAAUACCUGAGACAACGUGAUGGGCCUGACUUUCACGAAAAUCUCAUGAAGCUGACUUUUAAUAUCACGCCUGUCGAAGUUGCAAAUAACUUCUGCCGAAGUGUUUUGGAAAGGGGGAUAUUUUGUCGUCAGCGCCCAUACAUCUACCUUGGUCACUCGGAUGAGCAGCUUGCCAAAAAAUCUUGUUACUUUAUCGCAGCAACACAUGAAGAAAUCCACGACCUCUUGUCAAAGUUUGGAGACUUUUCUGGCGAGAAAAACGUGGCAAAGCGUGCCAGCAAAAUCGCCAUGCUCUUUUCACCAUUAAUAAAAACUGUCCACUUAGAUGAAAAUUAUUUCAAGGUCGAACCAGAUGUGACCGGUGGAGUUUUCCCCUCGCACACUUUCACCGAUGGAUGUGGUUUCAUGUCUUUAAGAUUCGCUUCCGAAGUGCAACAAGUCUUAGAUCUUGACUACCAGCCUAGCGCCGUCCACGUACGCUAUCGAGGCAUCGAGGGCAUGCUAAUUCUUAAAGAAGAUCUGAGUGGCAUUAAAGUGCAGUUCCACAAAUCAAUGCAAAAGUUCCUGGACCCUGAUGGAGAAAAGCCUGACGUUUUUAACAUCGUCAAUGUUAUCGGUUAUUCACGCCCAUUCACCAAUGGUUAUCUUAACUCUCGAAUGAUCAUGUUGCUGGAAGCACGUGGUGUUUCUGCAAAGAGUCUUGAGGCCUUACAAGAUGACUACCAUGAGUUGUUGGAAGGCAUAAACAAAGGAACCUCUGACUCUGAGUACUUCCUAAUGUUAAAGGGGGAAAUUUAUCAUUUGCAAGAAAUCCAAGACAAAGGAAUUGACGGUCGCACAAAAAGGGAACUUAAGCGUUUACAGAAGCGCGAGCUGGAAGAAAUGGAGAAAGCUACGUACACAAGAGUUCUUGUCCCCAAAUCUCGCGAAGUAUUUGCCGUGUGUGAUCCUCUCAACAAGUUGAACUAUGGUGAGUGCUACUUCAAUCCCACUCUUCCUGGUAACAAGGCACGAGAUUUUACUGCCGGCCAGAAGUUUGUAGUGAUGCGAAGCCAAUGUUAUCAUCCAGGAGAUGUGCGUGUGUUGAAAAUGACUGACAAAAGAGAAGGGUACGAGAAACUGAAGGAUUGUCUGGUGUUGCCCGUCAAAGGCCCACGCCCCCAUGCGUUUGAAUGUUUCGGAGGUGACCUGAGCGGAAAAAAAUUCUUCGUCAGCUGGGAUCAAAGCAUCCUUCCGAGUGGAGAAGAGAAACCAUGCAACUAUUCGCCCUCCGUUAAAGCUACAAUUUCCGCAGCUGUGGCUCACAGUGUCUCCAAAGUUACCUCGAAAUUCAAGAGAACCAACCCAAGCAAAGGAGUGGAAGACAGAAAGGAAAUAGAGCUGUAUUUUGCCACAUAUUCUGAUCAGAUAAGCAAAGAGAUCGAACAGGCAUACUUGCAAUGUGCAACGACAUCGAGCCUCUCAUCAAAAGAAUUUCGACAUCUCAGCAAGAUGUUGUACCAAGUUACCAUCCCUGGAGAGGAUCUUCAGGAUUUGCAGGAAGAGCUCAACAGCAUAAAGCCUAAGAUACCCUCAGGAAAGAGCACAGGUCUACCAAUUGACCACGAGCCACAGCAUGCAUAUGAAAAUCCGGAGACAGAGCAUGAGCUAAGCACAAUCAGUGAACCGUCAAGAAGGCGAGUGAGCCUUACCGGAAGUCGGUCUACAAGUUUAGCGGCAAGUUUGGAUUCAUCACUCGAUGAAGAGGAUUUCGAGGAGCGGCAGUCACUCAGACACAACACAAUGUCCGCGACGACUGCAUGCGAAGGUAGCGCAGGAGAUUCCUGUCACCGUGGUAUUAAAAUAUGGCAAAAGAUUGACGAUAAAGCCAAGGAAUUUGUUCACCGUAUGCAGCGUGAAAUGAGGAAGAUCGUCGUGUAAAUUUCAGGGAGAGUUAAUGACGGCAGUUUUCGACAUCCACUUCAUUGGAGGUGGCUCAUAAUAGCCGUCUACUUGUUAUAGCGACCCAAUCAUAACUACUCUUGACAAUACAUUACCAUACCUUUUUUUCUUGCAAAACUAUUUUUGAGAAAAAAGAAGUUGCGUUAGUGAUCGAAACUAUAAUUUUCCAGCGUAUCCUAUACAGAUAUGAACUUGCUGUGCUUACACCUUUGUUGGAUGGUCACGCAUACACCGUCGCUGAAUGGUCACGCAACGGUUUCUACUCGGCCUAUCAUCAUCUAACUAUACAAUUAACGUAAAAGAUAUACUCUGAACUGUUGAAAGUUUCCUUAUUUUCUAUCAUAGGGUUUUAAAGACAGUAUACAUAGGAAUUUCUUGCUGGAUAUUGUAACCUCAGUCGUCGAAAAAAUCGAUAGUAAUGUCUUAAAAUGAGAGUGCAAUAAAACGAAUAUCUCUUUGUAUGACAAAACAUCAAUUUAGACAAAUGAUUUGGCCUUAGCGUUUGUAAGGAUUCACCGUUUUCUCUUUAAAGCUUUCGACUGUUGUUUUGAUAUUAAAUUUUCCUGUCGUUACGACAGGAUUGAGCAAAAAUUUCAAGAGGUUUUGCUAUAUCAAAGUAAGGAUCAGUAAUGACACGCUGGAGCCGAAAUUUGUCACGUCAGAUGUCAGUGGUAAAGACAUGCGUAGAAAACAAAUCAACUUUGCUUUGAAAUAGAACUACAUUACUUAACGUCACAAAGGGUUACCCCAAUAGUGAUAGACAUGAUAUAAAUGAGACAUCCACAUAGAUAGUCAGCGCUUUUGUUUCCAAAGUAUAGCGUAGACUUGUCGGAGGAAACUUCGUAGGGAUGCUAGAUCUUUAGGUUCGACAUGUGAGCCGAAAAAAGAACACUGAUAUUUGUUAGGGGGAAGUAGUAAAUAAAAAAAUACGUUAUGUUUUAUUUUAAAUAAU